AUGGAGGACGGCGUGGCCGGGCCGGGGCUCGGAGAGGUGGCGGAGGCGGUCGAGGCGCGGGCGCCCCGCAGGGUGACUCUGCGGCCCUUCGCGCCCUUCUCAGCCGCUGCCGAGGGGGACGGGGGCGGCGGCGGCGACUGGAGCUUCAUCGACUGCGAGAUGGAGGAGGUGGAUCUGCAGGACCUGCCGAGCGCCACCAUCGCCUGCCACCUGGACCCGCGCGUGUUCGUGGACGGCCUGUGCCGGGCCAAAUUUGAAUCCCUCUUCAGGACGUAUGACAAGGACAUCACCUUCCAGUAUUUUAAGAGCUUCAAACGAGUCCGAAUAAACUUCAGCAACCCCUUAUCUGCAGCCGACGCCAGGCUGCGACUACACAAGACUGAGUUCCUGGGGAAGGAAAUGAAGUUAUAUUUUGCUCAGACUUUACACAUAGGAAGCUCACACCUGGCUCCACCCAAUCCAGACAAACAGUUUCUCAUCUCUCCACCUGCUUCUCCACCCGUCGGCUGGAAACAAGUAGAAGAUGCUACCCCAGUCAUAAAUUACGACCUUUUAUAUGCUAUCUCUAAGUUGGGGCCAGGAGAGAAGUACGAGCUGCAUGCGGCGACAGACACCACCCCCAGUGUGGUGGUCCACGUGUGUGAGAGCGACCAAGAGAAUGAGGAGGAGGAGGAGGAGAUGGAGAGAAUGAAGAGACCCAAGCCAAAAAUCAUCCAGACUCGGAGGCCAGAGUACACUCCCAUCCACCUCAGCUGAACAGGCACCCAGACCAAGACAGCGUGUUCCGAGUCCCACGUGUGGGAAGGAGUCUUUUACUGUGCAGGUGGCUGGUCGUGGCUUUGGAGUAACAGCCGUGACCACUGUGGCAGAAAUUCCAGUUCAUGUUGCUCAGAAGAGAGUCAAGGCCUCCUCUCCUUGUUCUGAUGAUGCACCUCAGUCCAGGUCCACGGCACCUGGGAAUGUCUUGGGCCAUUCACUGAGUGUGUGGCAAUCCCAAGAGGAUACUGGGGACAUCCUGAGAAAACUGAUAGUGUCUUGUACUCGCUCUUUUCUAGAUUGUGUUUUUGGCAAGGACAGGUUGACUGGUGGCCCAGGGAGAGAUUUCUGUUUCCAACCAGUGUUCAGGGUGCAGCCCCCACUGGUAGGCAGAGGCACCCCCCAAAGCCACCAAGUGUCCAGUGCAGAAAGGUUGUGGGACAACCCCACCCGCGCAGUGUGGAAAUCGUCCUUGUUCCUUCCCUUGUGGUCUAACGUUCAUGCAUGUGUAUCACUGGGUCCCAAGACCAACCUUUGUUCACACAGGAAGUUACGAUGUUGUUUUCCAUCUUGGGAAGCUAGGAAAGUUCUGGAACACUCUUACCACGUCUCUUGGUCCUGGCUGUCUCUGCACAGCACCCACGAAUGUGGGGUCAAGGCUGGAGAUGACCGCACGUCACUCGUGCUUUCCUGCAAAAGUUGAUCUUGAGUCCCCGUGUAGAACUUAGUUUAUCCAGUGGGAGAGCAGCAGGUUCGCUGCCAGCCGUCUGCGGGUGGGAAGGUUUGGUUUGGGUGUUUGUGUUUGGCACUGGUCUCCAUUGUUUCCUUCAUGUAGUGGUUUGUGUGUGAAUUUCAGCUAAAACCCUCUUUGGGAACUGUUGGUUGAGACAGUCUUUCACCCCUAUUGAAACAUGAAGAUAAACUUGUAAAUAAAGCCCAGAGCAUAUCUUAAUACCUGUCUGUACCUGGGUGGACGUAGAGGGCAGUGGGAGUUUCCAGCUACCUGUGACUUGUGCGUGGUAGAAGUUACUGUCAUGUGUUUAAUGGGGUGAAUCAGAGCAUGUGGAAUAUGUCGUAGCCAUGUGUUCCUAGAGGGACACAGUGCCUUCCCCUCAUUCAGACGACCGUGACACUCGAUGAACAUGGGGAUUUCUCCUCUUCUAGUCAUCGUGUGUGUAUCUGGUAAAUAGGUCUUCUAUUUUGGUCUUACAAUGCCAUUAUAAAGUUUGUCACUCUGAAUAACCUAAUGCCAAUUAACAGUGCAUGCUUGGGGAACUCAGAAGGUGGUUUCUCCUGGGGAGCAAAUUCAUCGGCAUUCGGUUUUCCAACUGUUUGCAAUGUGAAAUGGGUUGAUGUUCUCCACACCCUGUUUCCAGCCUUCACUCGGUGGGAAGGGAGCCCACAAGUGGGAGGUUAUCACAUUGCUGCCCAGUGUUUCUAGUUCUGCACUUUGAACUGGAGAGGCUAACCUCAAAGAUAUUUUUUUUAACUGCAUUCUAUAAUAAAUCAGCACAAUAUGCUCUUCUGGA